UGUACUCCGAUGACCACCAUGAGAGCGGUAGCAGUACUGCUGCUGUUCGUUGCCACUGCGCAGGCGCGUGACAUCUUCCGCAAGCCGUCCGGCAAGUACAAGGCCGCCAAGCUCCGCUUCAAAGAGGAGAAUGCGCUCACGCUGCCGGAAGAUGUCCUCCCCGAGGUGGAAAUGAUUGACGUCGGACUGAGGCAGCCGCCUCCCAGGGAUACCCUGUCAUCGAAGAACAUCAAUGAACUGUCCGAGCCUUUCCCCGAGAGCCUGGCGCCAUCGGAAGAGGAUCUCGGCAGCGUCACGGAUCUUGGUGACGUUACUCCCAGCAGGCGACGGCAGAGGAAGCCCCGGCCGCAGCGCCGCGAACGUGUUGGAGGAGACGAUGAUCGACAGGGAGAUGGCAGGAAGGGAGGCGACGAUCGAACGGGAGAUGACGAUGGGAGAGAAGACGAUAAUAUAAGAAGAGACGACGAUCUAAGAGGAGACGACGAUGGGAGGGGAGACGACGACCGAAGGGGCGAUGAUGAUGGAAGGGGAGAUGAUGACCUAAGGGGAGAUGACGAUCGAGGCGGAGACGAUUACAACGAGAGAGACGACGACUUCUUCGAAGAUCUCUAUGACGAUAUUAACGGAGUCGGUGAUGACGACAGGCGUGCUCGUAAGGGUCAAAGCUCCAACUCUGACAGCAGUGGUGACGACUCCGCUGGCCAGGAUAACGACCGUUCCAAGUCAGGCAGGAGAGGCGACGACGACGACGACAUUGGAGGUCGCGCCAUCGGUAAGGGCGCAGAUGGCACCGGUGAACGUCCCAGCGACGACGAUGGUUCCAUGUACAGGGGUCGCGCGUACAGAGGAAGGGGCAGCCCCUUCCGUAGUCGCGGCAAAGCCGGCAAGAAAAGCACGGAUGAUGCCGCCAUAGAGCUCUCCAGGUCAUUGGAACACCACCGGACGAGGCUGGGUGGGGUGCGCAGCGCGCGUCCGCGAGGUACCGGCCGGUUCAGUGGUGGUGGACAGGGAGCAAACGCCGACAGCCUGGACGGCGACGUGGAUGGCGUCAAACCCCGGCGCCGUGUCAGGCUGGGGAUCCGAGGGGCAAGGAUCGGAGGCCCCAGCAGAAGGUUAACCGGCCGUGGAGGAAUGGCUGGAGGUAACGGAGGAAUGGCUAGAAGCAGCGGAGGAAGGGCUGGAGGCGGUGGGAGGAGGUUCAGAGGCGGUGCAGGAAGGCUCGGGGGCCGUGGCAGAAGGUUCCCGAACCGUGACGACGACUACGAUGAUGGUUUUGGGUCUCCGACCGCCGUGGGUCCUCGUCGCUUUAACCGCAGAGGAAGGGGACCCGCCGGACGCCGCAGGGGCGACAACCGACCUAUUGACGACACUGUCUCCGACACCGCACUUGCCACCGCUGGUGACACAGGAGAGGCGGAGCCAGGUGUCCUGAGCCGCCCCGACCUCGACUUACCCGCAAACGACGACGGCUAUGACAGCCGAGACGACGAUUACGUCGAACAGGAUGGCUACGACGACGAUGGACGAUAUGAUGAUUUGGACGGAGCCUUCGCAGGACGAAGCCGAGGCUAUUAUGACGACAAUCAAUACGAUGAUCAAGGAGACGAUAUUUACGAUGAUCGUGGUGACGACAUCUACGAUGAUCACGGAGACGAUAUGUACGAAGAUCGUGGAGAUGAUAUCUACGAUGAUCACGGAGAUGACAGCUACAAUGAUCGCGGAGACGACAGCUACGAUGAUCGCGGAGACGAUAUCUACGAUGAUCGCAGUGAUGAUGGUUAUGAUGAUCGCGGAGACGAUACCUACGAUGCUAGCACAGGCGAUAUCUACGAUGAUCGUGGAGACGACAGCUAUGAUGAUAGCGGAGACGAUAUCUACGAUGAUCAUUCUGAUGAUGGUUAUGACGAUCACGGAUACGAUACCUACGAUGAUCGCGGAGACGAUACCUACGAUGAUCGCGGAGACGACAGCUACGAUGAUCGCGGAGACGAUAUCUACGAUGAUCGCAGUGAUGAUGGUUAUGAUGAUCGCGGAGAUGAUACCUACGACGAUAGCAGAGGCGAUAUCUACGAUGAUCGCGGAGACGACAGCUAUGAUGAUAGCGGAGACGAUAUCUACGAUGAUCAUUCUGAUGAUGGUUAUGACGAUCGUGGAUACGAUAUCUACGAUGAUCGCGGAGACGACAGCUACGAUGAUCGCGGAGACGAUAUCUACGAUGAUCGCGGAGACGACAGCUACGAUGAUCGCAGUGAUGAUGGUUAUGAUGAUCACGGAGACGAUACCUACGAUGAUAGCAGAGGCGAUAUCUACGAUGAUCGCGGAGACGACAGCUAUGAUGAUCGUGGAGACGAUAUCUACGAUGAUCGUACUGAUGACGGUUAUGACGAUCUCGGAGACGAUACCUACGAUGAUCGCGGGGACGAUAUCUACGAUGAUCGAGCAGACGACUUCUACGAUGAUCGAGGAGACGAUAACUACGAUGAUCGCGGAGAUGAUAUCUACGAUGAUCGUAGUGAUGAUGGAUACGAUGAUCGCGGAGACGAUAUCUACGAUGAUCGCAGUGAUGAUGGCUAUGACGAUCGCGGAGACGAUACCUACGAUGAUCGCGCAGGCGACAUCUACGAUGAUCGCGAGGACAACGGCUACGAUGAUCGUGGAAACGAUGUCUACGAAGAUGGCAGUGAUGAUGGUUACGAUGAUCGCGGAGACGAUAUCUACGAUGAUCGCGGAGACGAUACCUACGAUGAUCGCGGCGGCGAUAGCUACGAUGAUCGUGGAGACGAUAUCUACGAUGAUCGCAGUGAUGAUAUCUAUGACGAUCGCAGCGAUGAUGUCUAUGAUGAUCAUGGUAAUGACAGCUACGAUGAUCGCGGCGAUGAUGGCUAUGACGAUCGAAGUGAUGACAACUAUGAUUAUCAAGGAGACGAUUAUCGAAGUGACGAUGCCUACGAUGAUCGCAAUGAUGACGGUUACGACACAAGUAAUGACAGCUACGAUGAUCAAGAUGAUCACUACGAUGACAGAACCGAUGAUCUUUAUAAUUACAGAGGUGAAGACGAUUAUAAUAGCAGGGACGAUGAUUUAUACGACGAUCAAAGCAAUGGAAACUACGACGACCGAAGUGACGAUACCUACAAUGAUCAAUACGACGACCGUGGAGACGAUGUCUUCGAUGAUCGUGGUGAUGAUAGUUACGAUAGUCGUGGCGAUGACGGCUACGCUGAUCACAGAGGCGAUGAUUACGAUGAUCGUGGCGAUGACAGAUACGAUGACCGCGGGGACGACCUCUACGACGACCGCGGAGAUGAUCUGUACGACGAUGGCCGUGAUGACGGCAGGUUUGACCGCCAAGAUGACGGCUAUUACGAUGAUGAUCGUUAUGAUACGCGAAAUGAUCGUGCCGACGUUCAAGAUGACAGACGAGUUGACGAUUAUGUGGAUCAGGUGGACAGCUACGCGCCGGAUUCGAGUAACGAUGUCCCAGACGCGGCGUACGACGACACCGGCAGCGAGCCGCGCAGCGCGAGGUAUUCUAUCGGUGACCGACUCGACGAUCAGUACGAUUACGACAGACGAGAUGACGGCUACGGCGCCGGAGAUCGGUACAGCAGGAGCGCUCUUGCUGGGCGAGAUGAGACAUACGAUGAUAGCUACGGCACUCAAGACGGUUACAGCGAUGUCAGCGGAUAUGACGACGGUUUCAGCAGCCCCGAUGUCAGCUAUGAUUCCGUGGAUGCGGUCUAUGAUGACAGGACCGACUACAGUAUUCAAGAUGAUAGCUACAGUGCCAUUUGAAAAAGCCAAGAAGGCAAACGGCAAUGGAAACAGUCAAAGCCGCAGUCCAGCAGCAAAAUGCGACACUUGUUUCUUGAAGCAUGAAAAGCUCAGGAUGUGCAGAACUUUGCAAUUAAGCCAAACAAUAUUUUAGUGAGUCCGUAAAGACCUGGAUGAGCUAAGACCUGUUGCGAAUAUGACUGAUGAUACGCACGAUAAUUGCGGCACCACCGCGCUCAGUGCGCUGCGCUUGCAAUGAUUGCCGUCCGCCGACUGUAACUUGGCGACCGAUAUUUAGCCGCGCAACAUAUCAGAUCAAUGUCACUCAUGGAACUAUCUUCGCAAUGAACAUAAAAAAUGUGAUUGAAGCACUUACUCUUUCCCAAUCGUUACCUGACUAAUUCUAUGAGCCCAUCCAGCCAUCAUUGAACCUGGAUCAUAUCUGUUGUUUCAGGUAAUAUGUGAGUGGUUGAUAGUCCUUAUAUCUGCUGAUAAGAUCACCAUCUGUGUAUUUAGGGCCUUGGUCAUCUGGCUAUCGAAAACCUUUCAUGCUGAUGUUGCAGUUAUGCAAAUACGUUGUUGUUGAUUGCGGACACGUGUACUGACAGACGAGGUCGUUUGUGCUCAUGUCAAGGGUGAUAAGGAACGACUUCUGGUUCUGAGAUGAGGCACUGUAAACAACGUGGAUGUAUCUCAAAGGCGCCAUUGCUGGAUCAUGCGUCCCAUUUGAGCUUGUUU